UGACGCUGGUGAUGCGGAUCUUGAGUCUGUCAUUUUGACUUGGCUAGACACAUGAAGGAAGUACUGAACAAACUCCAUAAAUUUAGCGCCCACCCGGAUUCGCGCUGCUGGUAUGUGGCAUGGAAUCCGCCUGGCACACUGCUGGCUUCGUGUGGUGGAGACCGGGCGAUACGGAUAUGGAAGAAAGAAGGGGAUUCCUGGGAGUGUCAAAAUGUGCUGUCAGAGGGACAUCAGCGCACUGUCAGAAAGGUUGCCUGGUCACCUUGCGGGAACUACCUUGCCUCAGCGAGUUUUGAUGCCACCACCUGUAUUUGGGCGAAGAAAGGAGAUGACUUUGAGUGUCUGACUGUAUUAGAGGGCCAUGAGAAUGAAGUGAAGUGUGUGGCAUGGGCUCCAUCAGGUAGUUUGCUGGCCACCUGCAGCAGGGACAAGAGCGUCUGGGUCUGGGAGGUGGAUGAGGAGGAAGAGUAUGAGUGUGUAAGUGUUGUAAACGCUCACACUCAGGACGUCAAGCAUGUGGUCUGGCAUCCCACACAGGAGCUCCUGGCUUCAGCCAGCUAUGACAACAGUGUGCGACUGUACAGGGAGGAGGACGAUGACUGGGUGUGUAAAGCCACACUGGAGGGACACACUUCUACUGUCUGGAGCCUAGCCUUUGACCCCAGUGGUCAGCGGUUGGCUUCCUGCAGUGAUGACCGAACAGUGAAGAUCUGGAAAGAGUGCCAUCCUGGGGAAGGGGAUAACAGCACAGACUGGAAGUGUGUCUGCACCUUGUCAGGAUUCCAUGGCCGCACAGUAUAUGAUGUUGCAUGGUGUCAACUGACAGGUGCCCUGGCAACAGCUUGUGGUGAUGAUGGGGUGCGUGUGUUCAGAGAAGAUCCAAACUCUGAUCCUGACCAGACCACUUUCUCCCUGGCUGUCCAUGCACCCAAGGCCCAUAACCAGGACAUCAACUGUGUUGCUUGGCAUCCAAAGGAGGCAGGACUGUUGGCCUCCUGCAGUGAUGAUGGAGAAAUUGCAAUCUGGAGCUAUCAGACUGAGGCCUGAAGAGUCUGUCUGGAGUUUGAGGAAGAUGUGAUCACCAAACAAAAAGUAUCUGCACCCCCCCCAGUUUUUGUGUGAAAUACUUUCCAUUAACAUUUACUUUUACAUUUUCCCAAGAAUUUUUUUAUAAAUAAUAAAUUAGUUUAAUUUACUUAGGUUUAAUGUUGCAUCUGAAUUAAUAAAACUGUCCUAACACAAUAUAAAUCAUCUGCAUCUUGUAUGAUUACUGUGCAGUUGUGAUUAUUUGUUUUUUGAAAUAUCUGGGUCAUUCCAUA